AUGAAGCGUUCUCGACGCCAGCGGACUAGAAAGCCGGAAAGCGACUCUGGCGAGGAUGACAUCAUUGCGGCUACUUCUAGCGAUUCAGAGCAGGGCGAUGCUACAUAUGAGACGGAUCUGACGGAGCUAGAAGACGUUUCCAGCCCACGAAAACGUCUCCGACACGAGGAAAACUUUGCCUUGGAGCCAGAGGCCUCUUAUGACGCUGAAGAGCUCUACGAGGACCCACUGGAUGAGGGUGGGGUUGAUCUCUCUGAAAUCCCCGAGGAUUUCGACAAAGCACCGGGUACUAUUGAACGACGAGAGCGGAUUGAGAGUCGGUGGAAAAGGUACUGUGUUAGCCAAGUGCGAAAUAGGCCCAAUGAGCCAAAAUGGCGCGAGGCUGAGGAGGCGCUGCGCCAGGCGUCGAACAACACUAUGUAUCGUUUCUUACGCUGGUGCCUCCAGCUCGAGCGAGGCGAGAACGGUCGGCAUAUUAAAGGCAUCAACAAAGCUAGCACACUCGAGACAGACUGGAAAAACCUUCGUCUGUACUAUCAGAAGCUCACCAAGAUUGUGAUCAAUGAUGAAGAUGGCUCAGAGAUACGAAGGGGUAUGAAGUACCUGGUCCAGGAAUUUUGCUUGGACACGCAGCCUGGAAAGAAGACGCCGGUUUAUAUCGAGGAUAUCGGCCCGUUUAAUGAAACGAUCUUAUCGACACAGGAGAAAAAGUUCCAUCUAGGAUUUCAACGUAUCCAAGUGUGUCUGUUCAACUCUCUCGGUAUCUUUACGCUGCACCGGAAAAGCGCUCUGUUGAGUCUGCAGUUCAAGGACCUGCAGAUCUCCCUUCAGAAGGAUCCCCGUGGAGGCCCACCCGUCCCUAUGAUCGAACUUACCCCCGAAGGAACUAAAAAGUUCCUCGGUCUUACCAAAUUAACUACUUUUGCACUUCCCGAGAUCGUUUACGGGCCGUCUUUGGUGAUAUGCCCGCACACAUUGCUUUUUGGCAUCCUGUUUCACGCGCGGGCGUUCCGGAAUCAGGGGCUGACUUCGAAGGCUCAGCUGCGGAAACUUUUCAUCAGCAAAGGCUGUGAGCAGCUUCUGGUGCCUUUAGAUCCGAAAAAGUCUGAGUGGUAUAUCUUUUGCAAAACGGAGUUGGUCAAGGGCGUUCCAACUAUUAAACGGACUAUACAGAUGCCUAAGUCUGCGAUUUCCACCUUACUGGUCACAUUUGGCGAGAUUCGCGGAUGGAAAGGGGCAUUUCACGCCCAUCAGUUCCGGUAUGGAAGUGGUAAAGUGAUCAACGAGAGUGGGUGGGUGAGCAAGGAACAACAUAUGUUGAUCAUGAAGCAUGCCAGCCCCCGCACCUUUCUCAACCACUAUCAUCCCCUGCAAAUCGACACUGACAUGGUCCGGGUGAUCUGUGGCCUUGACCCGGAUGUGGAACUGAUGCGAGCUGUCACACGGCAAAGCCGUUGGCGAGACACGCGACGCCCACGCUACUUGACUGAUCAACAAAGGGCAGAGGUCGAAGAACAUCCUGAGUUGGAAGAGGCACGGCGCAACCUAGGUAAUAUCCGCGCGCAGUACGAGGAGACCCAGGAACCCGGUCUGCUUCCUAGACUCCAGCAACGGGAGAAGGAGGUGAGGAAUACGCGAAAAAGGUUGCACCGGAGCUUACGGCAUGAGAUCCGAGAGAAAUUUGAUGAAGAGCAAGCCUUCCUGGAUAUCGAGGCGCAGCUGUCGGGUACCGCAGUUAAGGAAGAGAGCGAAGACUCACCUUUGGAGGACACCAUGCACCCCCUUCAGUUACAUCUCGUGCAGAGUCUUUUUUCCUAUCCCGCUUCUAACUCGUUAGAGGAUGAGUGGAAUCGGCGCGAUACGGGUACUGCAUCGGUUGUCCAGUAUUGUGACGUCCUUGAAGGAGGCCCAUUGAGGGGCCGGCCUAAAAAGAAAGCUCCUAAAUCUGCCUCGCCAACUGGACCGAUAGCCCAGUCGAAGGAUUUUCAGCAGACCCGAAGUGAUAUCGACUCAUGCAAGGUGCCUGCCCCUGUACGUGGCAAGCCGUUACAUGCCACCAGGGAAUACCUUGAAACUGCUAAGCAGCCAGAGGCAUGCUUUCAAUGCUUCGCAAAUGAAGGGCUUCCGGACAAGGUUCGCUUUCAGAUGUUUCAUGAUUCUGGGUGUGUUACGCGCCACUUUGAUGCUAUUCAUCUUAAAGAAGAACCAUUCAAAUGCAACUGGUGUGAAGUAGGCCUGCUACAUCGAAUGGCGUUCCAGCGCCAUGCUUCUGACGUGCAUCGCGUGCGGAGUCGCUGGCGGUGCCCGAAUCCGAUGCAGGGACUUCAAAAACAAGAAUAG